AUGGCCCCUGCCGCCGACGACGCGUCCGAGUACACAGUCUUCGACAAAGACGUCUCGUCCGUCCAGUCCAAGACAGACAAGAAAAGCGCCACGUCCAAGACGGAAAGGUUUCUGAGCAAAUUCAAAUCCUCCUCGCCAUCAUCCAAGACCCCCAAAAGUGACCACAAGCCGAAUUGGGAGGCCAGGGCGACGCAUGGGGCGCUGAGGUAG